AUGGGCGGAACAUCCGUGAUCAGUAGCAGUUCGGGCGGCAUGAUUACUACCACCAUUGGCGGGCGCACCUACACCGCCCAGAUACCGUUAGCCAGUUCGAUCUCUACUCAAAGUUCAACUUUCACCAACAACAACGGUCAGUUGGAGGAAAGGGUGGCAGUGACUAUCAAUGGGGACACUACCGUUUAUUCCACUAUCAACGGACAGACAACGGUCACUGAUGGGCAAGGCAAUCCACGCCCUGAUGGUGGUCCCUUCCACGUCGGGGCUCAGCAACGCUUCACUCAAAGGCGGUUUUAG